AUGCCAAAAAGAAAGACCUUGAAUGGCAGGGAAAAACGCCAGAGAGAUAGAGACCGCAAGAGGGAAAAGAGGCAGGAGCAGUCCUUGCCACCAUCAGAUCCUCCUCCAGAUUCUGCUGUCCCAGCUGGAGCAGUAGAUGGAGCUAUCUCAGCUCCACCCGGUAAUUUUCCGGGGCAAGGCUCUAUAGGGUUGCCGCCUUUUGAGGAAAAACCCUUGGCCAGGUUGCAGGCCUCUCUUCGCGAGAAAAUGCAACCAACUGCCCUGAGUAACGCAUCUUCUCAGGGAAGUCGUCUGUGUGCCCGAAACGGAGGCAUGGCACCGUCCCCUGACUCCCCACCGUGGGUUUGUACCUCGCCGAGGGUACCUGAGCUGGACACCGUGCACGUGUCUGGCUCAGCAGGUCAGGCGCAGCUGGAUAUGUCAUCCUCCAAGGGGGAUGAGUCCAGCAGGAGAUUGAUUGAUGCAAACCAGAGUAAAAGAACGAUAUCUAAAAGGAAUACUAAAAGGAAUUUACAUGAUGAAAAUGAGAAUAUAGAUAGUGUAUAUGAGAGAAAUAGAUCAGAGUGCAGAAUUGGAAGACUGUGUACUGGUGAACUUGGUGGUGACUAUGCUUGUGUAAGUAAUGAUGGACCAGUAACAUUGGACAAGGUAUCUAUUCAAGGGUCUUUUCAUCAAGGUGACUUAAUGUUUGGUGAAAAUGCAGGAACACAAUGUGUUGCGAACUCGCUAGCAGCAUUAGCAUACCAUAAAGUAAAGAAUUCUAAUCAGUGGCAAACUUCAGAUAUGAAUAAAGUGUUAGCAACAGGAGAUGAGCUUUAUACAUACUUGCAGCAUAGUUCAACCAUUGUCAGAAAACAGGUAGAACCUUCGAAUGUUCAAAGCACAGGAUCAUUUUAUUUAGUUCAUCAGGAUCAGAAUCAUUAUAAUGUAGUGGUGUCAGUUACUGAGAAAGAAACGGCUAGUACCAUGGCAAAUAAUGCUCUGUAUGUUGGCAAGAAAGGCUACAGAGAAAGACGUAGAAAUCGAGAUCGUAUGAGGGAAAUGCGUAUCUUUUCAUCGGCCAAAAAAUUAAGUACAAAUCAUGAAAAGAAACUAAAGAAUGAAAAUUACUCAGAAAGGAAAUUAAGAGCAGCAAAACUGAGGUACAAGACUGACCUUCAAUUUAGAUUAAAGGCAAUCGCAAAUGGUAAGGAAAGAUAUAAAAGUGAUGGAAUUUUCAAAGCAAAGGCAAAGCAGAGGAGCUUGGAAGCUUGUAAAAGGAAAUAUACAACAGAUGGUAUCCAUAAACAAUACAGGAAGAGAAGAAGUAUUGAGAAAUAUAGGUCAGAUAUAGUACAUAGAGAGGGUGUUAAACAAAGAAGUAUAAGUAAGUACAAGAAUGAUAAAGAACACAGGAAAGAUGUUAAACAAAGAAGUAAAGAAAAGUACAGGAAUGAUGAAUUGCACAGAAAGGAUGUAAAACAGAGAAGUACAGAGAAAUACAGGAAUGAUGAAGUACACAAAGAGGAUUUAAAACGGAGAAGUUUAGAAAAGUACAGGAAUGAUGAAGUACACAGGAGGAAUUAUCAAGAAAAGAGUAUAGAGAAGUACAAAAAUGAUGAAGCACACAGAUUGAAUGUUAAACAAAGAAGUAUUGAAAAGUACAAGAAUGAUGAAGAACAUAAACACAAGGUAAAAGCUGCUGAUAAAGUAAAGUAUCAUUUUAGUGCUGCUGAGAAAAAGAAGAAGAAGGAGAAUGUCCUGAAUCAGAGACGAGCACUAAAAGUAAAGUUGGAAGAUGAAGAAGAAGUUUUGAAAUUGUUUAAGGAAAGUGUGAGAGAUGGCCCAGACUACAUAUGUUGCUGUUGUAAUCGUUUAUUGUUUGAACAUCAAGUCCAACGAUGCACACUUGAAAUGUAUGAGAAAAGACAUGAAGCUUAUAAAGUUGCACAGAUUUGUAUACAGAAAAAAUGCUCCCAUGAUUGUACAUUGUCUUGUCCAGUGCAUUGCCCCCAUUCAUCAUUGUGGAUAUGCUUUACUUGUCAUAGGAAAAUAUUGAAUGGGAAUAUUCCAGCAGAGGCAGCUGUUAAUAAAAUGUCAUUAGAGGAAAUUCCAUGCGAGCUUAGCAGUUUAAACAGUUUGGAGCAGCAUUUAAUUGCUUUGCAUAUUCCCUUUAUGAAAGUGAUGGCUCUUCCACAAGGUGGUCAAAGGAAUGUACAUGGGCCUGUUGUUUGUGUGCCAUCAAAUAUGGAAAAGGCAACAGCUUUACCAAGAAACGGGGAUGACAAUUUAUUGUUAAGAGUUAAGCUAAAACGAAAGCUAGCGUACAAGGGCUAUUACGAAUACCAAUUUGUUAAUCCAACUCAUGUUAACAUGGCUCUUGAUUAUUUAAGGAAAGAAAACAAAUGGUAUAAAGACGUAGUGAUCAAUAACUUGUGGGAAGGAAAUAGUGACCAAAAUGAUUUGCUAUUUAAUGAGACUAGUGAAUUUGUAGAUGAAGAAGUGAAAGAAGAUGAGAGAGAUGAAAAUCCAGUUGCUACUGACACAUGUUUACAGCCAGUAGAUGUGGCACAAGAAGUUCUUGAUCAUUACUUUGAUGAUGUUUACAAUAUAGCACCAGGCGAAGGGAAAAAUCCAGUCCGAAUGUUACAAGAAGAAGGAAACGAGGCAAAAUCAUUUCCACAUUUAUUUCCAAGUGGCAACUUUUCUUGGAAUGAAGAUCGAGAUGUGAAAAUAACCCUAUCAAGAUAUUUUAACAACAGACUUAUGAAUGCUGAUAACAGAUUUGCUAAGGACACAAAUUACAUCUUCUUCUCUCAAUACAUGUCAGAAUUGAACCAAGUAAUAGAGAAAACACAAAUUUCAAUUCGAAAGUCUUUUUCAAAGCUUGAUAGUGGAAAUGCAGUAACAUCUGAAAUGUUACAGAAUCCUGAUGUUCUCUCAAGACUCUUAAGAAAUGAUGAGGCUUUACGGUUUAUGCAACCUAUUCGAGGAACACCUGCAUAUUGGUCGGCUUCUCAGAAAGAUCUGUUCGCUAUGCUUCGACAGUUAGGUAUCCCAACAUGGUUUUGUUCAUUUUCUGCAGCUGAAUACAGAUGGAACGAAAUAAUUGCAUCAAUUUUAUUUCAAGAAAAUGAUUCUAGAUCCCCUUCUGAUUUAGACUGGUCAGAAAAGAGUGAGAUUUUGAGAAGCAAUCCAGUUACUGUUGCCAGAAUGUUUGAACAUAGAUUUCAUAUGUUUCAAAGACAUGUAAUAUUGUCACCUUCAAAACCUAUAGGAAAUGUUAUUGAUUUUUUUGUGAGAGUAGAAUUUCAACAAAGGGGCUCUCCACACAUGCACUGCUUGUACUGGGUUGAGAAUGCACCAAAAUUUGAGGAAGAUGGUGAUAAAACUGUUUGUGAUUUUAUUGAUAAAUAUAUCACAUGCGCUUUACCUGCUGAAAAUGAUGACCAAGAGCUGCGAAAAAUUGUUUUAGGUGUUCAACAACAUAGUAAGAACCAUUCAAAAUCCUGUAGGAAAAAGGGAACAGACUGUAGAUUCCAUUUUCCAAGACCACCAUCAGAAAGAACAUUUAUUACAAGACAAUGUGAGGAGAAAGAGGAAGACUCGGAGAAAUUCGAUGGAUUGAGUAAAUCUCAGGCUAAAGACAUUUUGUUGCAUGUUUGGAAUGAAGUUCUUGAUGAUGAGAAUGAAGGCAAAACUGCAGAGGAAAUAUUUUCUAACAUGCACUUAUCACAGGAUACUUACGAAAUGGCCCACAGGGUAUUAUCUGCAAAAACAAGUACUAUCUUGAAACGAAAUCCAGAUGAAAUGUGGACAAACCAAUACAACACAUGCCUUCUCAGAUGUUGGGAUGCGAAUAUGGACAUACAGUAUAUCCUAGACCCAUUUAGCUGUAUUGUUUACAUAAUUUCAUACAUAUCAAAGUCAGAACGUGAAAUGGGAAUGCUGUUAAAACAAACUCAAGUAGAAUCUGUAGAGGGAAAUUUAAGUGCUCGUCAAACAAUAAAAAGAAUUGGAUCAGCUUAUCUUAAUCAUAGAGAAGUGAGUGCCCAAGAAGCAGUGUACAGAGUUUGUAAUCUAAAAAUGAAAGAAGGAUCAAGAAAAGUGGUGUUUGUUCCAGUUGGUGAAAAUCCGACUCGAUUGAGUAAACCCCUUUCACAAAUGAAAAGAACAUGUAAGAACGAAGAUGAUAUGGAAGACGACGACGACAGUAUUUGGAUGACAAAUAUAGUUGAGAGAUAUGAAAAUCGUCCUGAUCUACAUCCUUUUCCUGAAAUGUGCCUUGCAGAAUUUUGCUCAGAAUAUCGUGUUUUGGCGAAAUCUCAAAUUCCCAAGGGAGUAAAAGAAGGCGUUUAUGAAUUGAAAAAUGGAAAUGGUUAUAUUCAGAGAAGAUCAAGAGCUAAGCCAGCCAUAGUAAGAUAUCCAAGGUUCAAUCCUGAAAAUGCAUCAGAAAAGUAUUAUCAAUCAAUACUACAGCUUUUUCUUCCAUAUUGGACUCAAGAUCAAUUGAAACCACCUGGAUUCAAGUUUUAUCAGGCAUUUUACGAAAACGGGUUUGUCAGAAUAAGAACUGGAAACAAAUUACAGUCUGUCAGGAUUGUGGUUGAAAAUAAUCGUUGUAAUUUCUCAAAGAAUGAGGCUGCCCUUGAAAAUGCUCAGGAAACUCUAGAAGUUUAUGGUGAACCUGAAGAUGCUUGGGCUAACCUUUGUCCAGAAACUGAAAGAAAUCGAGAUGAAUGUCUAAAGGAAAAGAGGAAAACAGAACAAUCAGAAAACAAAGAACAAGAAAUCACCCAUGAAAUUGAACAUGAUGGCGCUUCAGAUUUGAUAUACCAUAUUAGGGAAAGUUCAAACUCAAGGGAAGAAAUUUUGCCUUUACUGCGAAGUUUAAAUAAUAAACAAAAACAGGUUUUCUACAUAGUUCGUGAAUGGUGCUUGAAAAAAGUGGCUGAGAGGAAAGUAGACCCAUUACAUAUCUUUGUUACUGGAGGUGCAGGAACAGGAAAAAGUCACUUGAUAAAAACCAUACAGUAUGAGGCCUCUCGAAUUUUUGAGAAAAUUGUUUUAUCUCCUUCAGAUUUAUCUGUUCUUCUCACAGCUUUUACUGGAACUGCUGCUUUCAAUAUUGGGGGCAAUACAAUUCACCACGUAUUUUCUUUAACCAAAGCUCUACCUAUUCCAUACGAACCCCUGAAAGAACAGAGUUUGAGUGCAAUGAGAGCAAAGUUAGCUUCUCUGCAGAUUUUAGUCAUCGAUGAAGUCUCAAUGGUUUACAAACGACUUUUGUAUUACAUUCAUGAACGACUGGUACAAAUCAAGAAAUGCAAGGAACCUUUUGGUGGUAUUUCUGUUAUAGCAGUUGGAGAUUUUUACCAACUACCUCCUGUGAAACAACGAAAGUUGGAAAUACUCUACAAAGAAAAUGAUGAAUAUCCCAUAGACUACUGGUUAGACUUCUUCAAAAUUGUUGAGUUAGAAGAAAUAAUGAGACAACGUGAUGAUGCUGCAUUUGCUACAGUUUUGAAUUCACUACGGGUUCGAACGAUUGAAGAACCAGUAUCAGAAAAUGCGAAAACAAUGUUAAAAGACUGCAUCAGAGAUGGACCAGAUGAAGUACUGCAUGUGUAUCCUACAAAUGAAGAAGCGAAUGAGUAUAAUCUCAAGAUGUUGCAAGCAAGUUGUGAAGAACUUAUAGAGAUAUCUGCAGAAGAUUAUCAAAAAGACAACACUACAGGAAAGCUGACUUUACGUGAAAAACCCUUCAUACGGACAAGAACAGAUGGGCUCUCUGCUUCUUUGCUGUUUUCUGUGAAUGCUAGAGUGAUGCUGACAAGAAAUAUUAAUGUUGAAGACGGAUUGGUGAAUGGUGCGAUGGGACAUAUCUCAGCAUUUGAUUUUGGACAAGCUCAGCAAAGAAAUAGGGUAGAAGGGAUUAGAAUUUUGUUUGAUAGUGAAGAUAUUGGAAAGCUGCAAGGGAAAAAGACGCCACAUGGAAAUGAAGUAUUGAUUCAAAGAAUACAAGAAGACAUCAAGGAGAAAAAUACAAAGAAUGUUGUACGAUAUCAGUUUCCCUUGAAACUCGCAUGGGCAUGCACAGCACAUAAAGUUCAAGGCAUGACAACAAAAAGUGUUGUAGUAAAUUUAGAUCGUACUUUCGCUCCAGGACAGGCAUAUGUUGCUAUUAGCCGUGUCACUUCACAAAAUGGUUUAUUCAUAGAAACAAAGGAUGAAAAUGCAUUACUGAGAAAAAUUUACGCUAAUCCAGAUAUAAAGUCAGCACUUUGUAAGAUGGAGAAAUUAAUCCCAGAGCAAGAUUAUCCAAACUACUAUGAUGAGCGAACCUUCAAAACAGUUGUUUUACUUAAUGUGCAGAGCUUAAGAGCACAUUUUCUUGACCUGAAAAGUGAUGCAAGAUUCCUCAAAGCAGACCUUAUAUGUCUCAAUGAAACAUGGCUGACAGACAAUGAUAGAAUAAAAAAUUUUGAAUUUGAUGACUUUCAAUUCAAUCAUAUUACAAGGAAGCAGUCAUAUGAUGAAAGUGUAGACAUUUUUGCUAAACUUUGCAAGUCCAAAGGAGGAGGGGUAGGUGUGUAUAUGAAGGGAAAUGAAAAAGCUUUAGUUCAUGUUUUACCUCGGAAAAAUAUCGAAGGAAUGGCUGUAGAACUUUGUGAGGAGGACACGGUUAUCAUCAUAGUAUAUCGACCAAAUUCUCUCAGUGUCGGUUGGUUCCUUGACUCCCUUCAGAGAGUUGUAGAUUUCUAUAGAGAAUCGUUUUCUCAAUGCCUUAUACUUGGCGAUUUCAACGAAGAUGCACAAUCCAAAGGACCGAUUCAAAGAAUGUUAGAAAUGAGUGGAUUUCAACAAAAAGUGAAUUUUUCAACAACAGACAGCAAUUCAGUGUUAGAUCAUGUUUACAUUACAGAACAGAUGGAAGCAAGAGUAGAGGCCAUGCCAGUAUAUUACAGCUAUCAUGAUGCUGUUAAAGUUUAUUUAAAAACAAGAUAG